AUGGCAACUGUCGCUACGGCGAGAAUGAUUCGCGGUCAACCGCCUUCCCCGCCUCAUUCUACUGAUGGAGACCCUGCACCAGAAGUUCAUCGAACCUCCUGUGGCACGCUCCAGCAAGCUUAUGGACAUCACGACCCUUAUGGUUCUAUGUUACAUGGAAAUCGUGCGUCUGGUGAUAUUUCAUACGAACACAGACCACACUCGCUGGAGUACACUCCUCCUUCAUCACAGUACGUCUCUUCCGGGGACUAUCCUCGAUCACUGUCAAUGCAAGCCCCGAUGGCAACAAAUGGCCUUCAGGUUAACACGCCUCCCCCUGCUGCAGACGAGGGCCUAGUUUCAGAAUCGGUACCACGAUGGAGCUCGCCGCCGUCCCAGAGACAGGUGACGAGGGCAAGGGUGGCCAGAUCGCCUAGAGUGCGUCGCAGGAAUAGAAAUAGGAAGGACACAAGAGUCGAGCUCGAAGGCCCUCUGAGUGAAGUGACCAAGCAUUUGACAAACAUCCCUAUUCGAGACAUGGAACGCUGGGUGAAUCGGUCAAUAGAGGUUCGUCACCAAGAGGUAGCCAAGAGGAACGGAAAAGUUGCCAGGCCCAUGAACUCUUUCAUGCUUUAUCGAUCGGCAUAUGCGGACCGGACAAAGCAAUGGUUUGCGCAGAACAAUCAUCAAGUGGUUUCCGAAGCAGCGGGUGACAGCUGGAGGCUUGAAUCCCCCGAAAUCCGUCAGAAGUACGAGCUUCUGGCCAAUAUCGAGAAGAGUAACCACCUCAAGGCGCAUCCUGGUUACAAGUUCUCGCCGUCGAAAGAUAAGAAGAAACGAGCUGGGAGCGAAGAUGAGCGUCCCCUGGCCAGCACCCCUGGAUCCACUUCAGCUUUUCUUCAAAACCGUGCCGCGAGCUCUUCAGAAAUUGAUAGUAGUGGCUGGGAAAGUCGGGACUCGACCCCGUUUGACUUUGCUGACCAUGGUUUACAUCUACCUGGGGAUACCUACCUUUCUUCAUCUGCCUGGCAUGCAGCCAACCAUGGGCGGCCGCACCCUGGCAUGAUUCCCUCCUCUGAGCCAUCUCACUACCUCCACCAGACAAUCCAUGCAGGGCUUAUCCCUCAUGUAGAGGAUGUCCGAUUCAAGAAGACUGGCUUGCAUGGGAUUCAAUAUGCUACGUCCUCGUCCACUCCACUGGCUGCUCUACCCGGCGCCACACAUCAUGACCUUCUUCAACCGUCCACCUCGUUGCCCGGUGAUGGACAACUGGAUCCCCAGCUCCUGACCCUGCAGACCGAGCUCCAGAGCCCGAACCAGCUCUUUGGCAGCUCUCACAAUAUGUGGCAAGACUCUUCCAAUGUCAACUGCUACACCUCUCCCUCGUCUUCCUUGGCACCUUAUUCAAUCCCGUAUACCGCGACGACCUACUCACAGGGAAUACACACCCUAGAAACCGACCCUGCUCUUGAUGGUACCAGUGGCGAUUUUGACACCUGGAUCAACCAGCAGGGCACGACAUACUAA